AUGGGCGCACCGGAUCCCGCGGCCGCCAGAGUACCGCCGAGACACAUUACUAAGCGGGAACCUAUCCCCGGCGCAUUCCGCGGCGGCGGCGGCGGCGGCGGCGAGGCGGGCGGCGGGGGCGGCGGAGGAGUAUUCUUUCCGCGACAUCCGCGGAGUGCGGCGCGCCCGGCGUCGCCUGGUGGCGGCGGCAAUGACGCAGUGGCGGGCGGCGCGUUCUCCCUGGGGGAAGCCGCCGCGACAGGCCCGAGGGUCAUUCGGCGGGCGAGAACGCUUCCGCUGAGAGGAGAAGACGGGGUCGGCCGUCUGUUUUGCGCGGAGGUCCCGUCCCCGCCCGCAUAUCCCAAGCCCGCGCAUCCUUCCCCGCGCACGCAGCGCAGCCUGCAGUCGCUGGCGGACUCCCGAGGCCAGCCGUACUCGCCCCCGGCAGCAGCAGCAGCAGCGGCAGCAGCGGCGCGGAAAAAUGCUACAGCUGGCGGCGCGGUUGCGAGCAGCGGUUGGGCGGCAGGCAGUGGAAAGGAAGCAGCAGCUGCUGCGGGCAGUGGGGAAAACCGUAGCGGGGCUAAUGAAAGCAGGCACCAUGUUGGCCGAAGCUGUGAGUUCAAACGCCGCCUGUCUCCCCUGUCCCCUUUCUCUCCUUCCGCGCCAUUUUCGCCCUCCGCCCAUUUCUCGCCCUCCGCCCACUUCUCGCCCUUAGCCCAUUUCUCCCGCUCCGCCCACAUCUCCCCCUCCGCCCACAUCUCCCCCUCCGCCCACAUCUCCCCCUCCGCCCACUUCGCGCCUUCCGCCCCGACCUCGCCGCUACCCUUCUCCCCGCCGAGUUCCUCGCCGUCGUCGCGACCGCCUGCAGCCCCCCCGCUCCGAAACCGCUCUCCGCAGACCGCUCGCGCUGCUGCGCACGCUUCUAACUGCCCGCGGUCCGAGUACAGCUGCCCGCGAUCCAAUCUCUGCCGCGAGGCCCACGCGCAGCAGCAGCAGCGAUUUCGCAUCGCCGCCCAGGAGAUGGGAUAUCGCGAACAGCACCCGCAGUCGCGGCAGAUCAUGACGGAAGGAGAAGAGGAACAGCGGCCGCGGUCGCGGCAAAUCAAGACGGAAGGAGAGGAGGAACAGCGGCCACGGUCGCGGUCGCGACAGGCGAAUCAUCAGCUAGUACUACAGAGGCCGGCCGGGCGAAGCGCUGUGAUGAUCACGCCGCGCGAGGGCGGCGCGGGGCCGUCAACCAACGGCCACGAUCACCACGGGCUUAAUCCGCGGCGUCAUCAGCAGUACUACUCGCGGCCUACGGCCGCUGCAACAUGCGCGCCACGCUAUGGCUCUCACGAAGCGCACUCCGCCGGACGCGCUCCGAAUAAUGACUCCGCUUCGAUCGUAAACCCGUUGGGUGCUGACGUGGCGCGGGUUCAAUGCCGCGCGGUCUCGCCGCGGUACUACACGUCUAUCCGUCCUCUCAGCCUGGCGGGCGACUCGCGCGGACGCGCGCACGACGAAGGCGGAGCUCCCAUUUCUCCUGUGUCGCUGGUCGCGCAGCGCCUGGAGGUGUGGUUCGAGGAGGCCACGUCAGCAGGGUCGUGGCCGCAUCCCCGCCACAGCUCAUCCCGCGUAUCAGUCGCGUCAGCAAGAUCAUGA